CUUCUCCACCAUCCUCUGCCACCUCUGCCACCUCUGCCACCCUUCGCCGUCGCCCCGAUAUCACGUCGCCGUCCGCCCGGCCCAAAAGAAGUCGCAACUGACUCCCCCCCAUCUCCCAACCAAUCUUGCAUCGAUUGUUACAAUGUCCAAUUCCAUAUUUGCCCUUGCCCCGUCGAUCUUGGGCUCGAUCGACUUGUCUGGUCCAGCGCUCGUGGUCUCUGGCAGAGGCAGCCAGACACCCGUCAACUCCAGCCCGUUUAACGCACCCGACGUGCGGUAUUCUGAAAAAGCCUUUUACUGCGCUACAUGCUCAAAGGGCAAUGAUCUUGUCACUUUCAACAAUGUAGCAGUUAUGCGAGACCAUUUCCGAUCGGACUGGCAUCGCUACAACAUGACGCUCAAGAUGAAAUGCCGCCUGCCCAUCUCAGAGGAGGACUUUGACGAGCUCUCGGACGUCAGCAGCAUCGACGCCUCGGAUCAAUCAGAAUCCGAGUCAAGUGACGAUGAGGAGCAGAAACACAAUCGCUCGCCCUUCAUCUCGCUGCGGCUCACAACGAUCGAUUCCGGCGAAACCGCCUCAGUUGCCGAUGGUCCGAAUGCGUCGUCUGGACCCCGCUUCCUUCGCUUUUAUAAGCAAGCGCUUUCUCUUUCGGCCAGCGAGCAUGGCGACCCAGCCAAAUGUUUGAAGCAGCUUCAAGAAUACCAGUCGAAGCAGCCGGUUACCUGGACGCUCAUCAUGCUUGGAUCUGGUCACUUUGCCGGAGCGGUUUUUGACUGCAAAACGGGCAAAGCCCUUGUCCACAAGACGCUCCAUCGAUACACUACCCGGCGCAAGCAGGGUGGUGCGCAGAGCAGCAACGACAAUAGCAAGGGAAAGGCCAAAUCAGCCGGUGCACAGCUUCGUCGUUACAACGAAAUGGCCCUCCGAGAAGAUAUUCGGAGGCUGAUGGAGGAGUGGAAGGAGCAUAUCCGCCAGAGUGACCUUGUAUUUGUGCGGGUGCCGGUUCGCAGUCGCUCGGUCGUGUUCUGCGAUCCAGCUAUUCUCGAACCCUCCAGCGACAAGGUCCGAGGCUUCCCAUUUACCACGCGCCGCCCCACCUUUGGCGAGCUGCAGCGAUGCCUCCAGGAGCUGUGCUGGUUCCGAGUGGAAACCACUGACCCCUCUGCAGAUAUCGGCACUUCACCAGCCCCUGAUUUGGACGAUCAGAAUGCAGCGUCCAAUCCAGUAUCGAUACCGGCGAUCGAUUUCAAGGCUCCAAGCGCUGUCGACGAAGAGGCCACCCGCCCAGCCGCUGAUCCAAGCGCCGAGAACGACAGGGCGUACAUCCCCAUACCUUCUGCCAUGGUGCUCAAGGCCGUCGAUCUGGCUCGCAGAGGGCAGCUCGAAAAGCUCCAGAGCCAUGUCGAAGCCCAUGCCAUUGACGUCAACACGCUGAUCCCGGAUGAUGUUUCGCUUCUCCAUGCCGCAUCGUUGAACGGACAUGCCGACGCUGUUGUCUAUCUGCUGGAACAAGGAGCCGAUCCGACCACCAAGGGGGGCCAGCGAAUUAGCCGAGUGCCCUAUGAUGUUGCAGCAAACAAGGAUACCCGAGACGCUUUCCGGAGGUUCGUUGCUGCCCAUCCCACCCGAUGGGACUACAAGCUCUCCAACAUUCCCGGUCCGCUUACGGCCGAGAUGGAAGAGCGGCAGAAGGAGAAGCUUCGCGACAAGAAAAAGAAGCAAAAAGAGAGGCAGAAGCAGGUGAACGACAAGAAGGAACGGUCUCGACAGAACUCUGAAGAAGAGCUGAAGGCCAAUCCAACUCUGCCCGAACCGGCCCCGGCGGCAAGGAAGGGUGUCUUGGGGAAGAUUUUGACGACCACAGAGCGCGAGGCUAUCGGUAUCUCUCCCGAGCGGAGAGCGGCGCUUGACCGCGAAAAAAGAGCACAAGCGGCCGAGGCUCGUCUGAGGUCCCAGCAAAGCAAAUGCGCCACUUGCGGCAAGUCCCUUGAAGGCAUUACGUCGUUUGACAAGUUCCAAUAUCGCUACUGCUCCGUUGGCUGUGUCAAGCACGAACAGUAGAUCGUUUGAGUUACGCAAGCCACGACGAUCCGACUCCCACAUCUGGCCCAUCUGUGGAGCUUAGAGUCUAACUUACAACUGCGACCACCAUGCUGAAUCAUAGUUAUUAUGCCUGGCUGAGCUUGCAUCGCACUCUGCUCGCCCUCGCACUACUGCAGCAUCUUGGCAGAGACCGAAAAAGUGCGCCCUGCGUUGCACACAUGUCAUGUCAGGGGUUAGCGGUGCACACCACGUCCAGAGCGGCGGCACAGAACUCACAGAAACCGAUCCCAUGGAUUCAAGUCUGUGCUCUGUCCAAACAGCGAAACCUUACUUGUAGACUACCACUCCGAUCGGAUUGUCAGGUCGUUGUCGCUUGAUGAAAUACGGCAAAAUAGAAAGUAAAAACAAGGAGUUAUAUUGUUCCAUAUACUACA